UUGAAAGUGCGCCGCCAGCUUUUGCUUUCAUUCAUAUUUCAGAGCUCGAAAGGCCCGGAACAACAGCUCGAAGAUCUAGCCCUACAAGUUAAUAAUAGAACAAUAAUAAUUAUAAUAAUAGUAAUAAUAAUAAUAAUAAUAAUAAUAAUACGUGAUAAUCAUGGUGGAUGCGCGCAUACAGUUCAAAGCCUUGAAAGGCUUUCCCAAUGCCGCCGACAAAAUCGAGACUCAAACAUUUUUGAAUGCGGCCAAGGAAAUUGUCACAGUCAUCGAAACAUUUGGUAAGCUCUUUACGCCCGUCAUCAGCGAUAUGAAUGGCAAUAUAAAUAAACUAACCAAGGUGUACGGCACGGAUGUGCUGAAAUAUCAGUAUCUGGAGGACAUGAUUGUGUUGAACGUGAACGUGGAUGAUUUUGCGGCAAAUGCGCUGCUCUGGCUAAAGCGUGGACUCCAACUGAUCUGCACCUUCUUCGAGAACAUCUACAAUGAUGCACAGAAAGCGGAGCCGCUCAAGCCGCAUCUGCAAGAUGCCUACGAGCGCACCCUGAAGCCCUACCAUGGCUUCAUAGUGCAGAGCACCAUCAAGAUCAUCUACAGCUGGGUGCCCACGCGCAGCCAGCUGCUCGGCCAGGGUGCUGCACAGCUGGAGAAUAUCGAGGUGCUGACCAGCUAUUUGCCCGCAAUGCGUUCGCAACUGGAUCGCAUCGAUGCGCUGCUGAAGGCCCACAAUUUGGACGAUGCGCGCAAGGUGUGAUCAGAUGAGUUGGUGCUGCCAAGCCUUUCGCCCGCUUCCUUUAGCCUUAGUGUAGCCUAUUUAGUAUGGAUAUAUGCUAUGAUAUAUAAUGUUUAAGUUCUAAUUUCAAAUGCCACAUAAACUUUAAUAUGCACCUA